AAUAAUAAUAAUAAUUAUUAUUAUUAUAAAUAAUAAUAAAAUUAUUAUUAUGCUAUCGCUAGCGAUUUUCUCGUUGUGGCUGCUAGUCGCGAGCGAAGCGGCGAAUGUGGCGAAAGAAGUCGCGAUGACCGAGUCUCAAAAGCAGUACAUUGUUUUGUUUCAUAAUGACGUGAGAGAUGAUUUGAGAUCUGGAGUACCAAAUUUGGUAUGGGACGCCAAAUUGGAGGCGGCCGCGAAAGAAUGGGGUAAGAAGUGCAUUUAUGCCCCGGGCCCUGAUAACCUUAUGAAGGACAUAUCACAGAACCGCGGGAUUGGGCAGCAGAUUUACAAGGGGACCGCCUUCACUUCACCAAACACUUACUCAGAUUAUACAGCUAUGAUUUGGAGGGAUUCGAGCAAGAUAGGUUGCUCCCUCUUUCAAUGCACACCCCUGUUCACUAAGGACGGAAAAGUUGAAGCCAACAGCGAAGAUUUGCUUCAACUCGUCUGCAAUUAUUCACCCAAAAGUCUUGUUCUUUUAAACAUUUUGUCGGCAGCUGUCACCAAUCAAACAGCUGUUGUAGCAGUUGAAAAAGCAGCUACAACAGCGGCAAAAAAUAGCCACCUCAAGCCAAGAAAUGGCCGGUUUGAAUUAAAAGUGACCACUGAGAAAUGGAACGAGAUACUGAACUUCAAUAAUAAAGCUAGGGCACAAGUUGGAGUAGAAAAUUUAGUUAGUGGGUUUUUAUAUUAUGAAAAUAUCAUUUCAUGA